ACAUGUUUACGGUCUGUAAAUUUACGAACAUGUGCCGUAGGUGAAGAAUGGGAAAAACUAAAUUGCAGCUAGCGAAAAAAAAGAAAAGCAAGAAACGAAAGUUAGGAAUUGAAGAAAAACCUAUUUUUAUGCAUAGUGAGUUUGAUGGUUUAGCGAAUUGGUUACAAAUACAAAAAGUUAUCGAAAGCACGAAAGAGAAACGGUCUGAAAAGGUUUCAGAUUCCGCCAAGAAAGAAUUUGUUUCAAGAAAAUAUAAACGUUUUAAGUGGCAUAGUAAAGGCUCUGUUGACUCUAUAAAUGUUACUUCAUCUUCAGAAUCUGUGUCUUUAUCCAUGUCAUCACUUCAGAAAAGUAUGGAUGUGAAAACAUCUCACAGUGAUGACGAAGCUCAAAGUAAACUCAUAAAAUCUGAGAAAGUGUCUCCAGAAAAAGAAAUACAUUCUAAGAAAGUGCCUCCAAACUCUGACAAAAAAAUUUCCAAAAUGGAAAAAAAAGAUUCCACUCCAUUUGCUUUCCAUUUUGAAAAAAGUGAUUUAUCAUCAAACUGUACACAGAAUUCCAAAGUAAAUGGGAUAGAUGAAAAAGACAAACCACGGCUUACAAAAGCUGUAGCAAUAGAUUGUGAAAUGGUUGGAGCUGGUCCAAAUGGUGAAGAUUCUAUAUUGGCUCGUGUAUCCAUUGUUAAUGCGUUUGGAGAAUGCAUAUAUGAUGAAUUUGUGAAACCAACUGAGAAAGUAACUGAUUACAGAACUCAUGUUAGUGGUAUCCGACAAGCUGACUUAUUAAAAGGCAAAGAUCUUUCUGAAGUUCAAAAAGAUGUUGAUAGUAUAAUUGAUGGAAGAAUAGUUGUUGGACAUGCUUUGAAGCAUGAUUUCAAAGUUUUGUUCCUCGGUCAUCCUCACUUUUUAAUUAGGGAUACUUCACGUUAUAAGCCUUUUCGUGAUAAAUGUGGCAGUAGAACUCCAUCUUUGAAAAAACUGACUGACAAAUUUCUUGGUUGUAAGAUACAGACAGGAGAACAUAAUUCAGUUGAAGAUGCUCGAGCUGCUAUGCUGCUGUAUUUACAAAAUAAACGUGAAUGGGAAAAGCAAAUGAGAAGGAAGAAACCAAAGAAAAGGCAGUCUUCAGAAGUCCAAAAAGCAUCUUGAUUUAAAUUUAUAGAUAUAACUAAAAGAUGUAAAUAAUAUAUUUUUUCAAAGUGUUUUUAUUUACUUUGUCCAACUUGUUUUUAUUUUACUUGUUUACUUCUUGAAAACUGAAUACUUUUUUCAAGAACAUUUAAAAAUAUUUUGAGCUUUCACCUGCUUAUAGAAGGUAAAGAAGGAAACUGCUGUACCUUGUAUGCUGAUAUGAAGGGUGAGGGGCAGGUAUUUUAAAUAUAUAACAUUCUGUGUGGUCUCUAUGAUACUCACCAUCAUGAGUUCACCAUCAAAAUUAUUCUGUACACAUUAUAUGACUAGCCUGUUCAUUUAUAAAGUAUUGCCUGCUUAUUAAAAACUGAUUGAUGCUUAUUAAAAACAACCUUUCAAAUUAACUCUUAAGUAUGCAUCAGAAAAUUUUGGGGGGGUUUCUGAAGUUUUAUAUUUUGGAACUUUUUUAAAGAAUAACAAAAACUAAGGUAGAAGAUAAUUAUGCUAAUUUAUAAAAUGUGCUUUACAAAUGAUGAAUAUGAAUAUAUAUAUAUAUAUUUUACAGAGGCAGCAGUUUUAAUUCUUGGCAUUCUUGUAAUAUCUUGCAUGAUUUGAUAAGAUAUUGACAAGGACAUAAAUUUCUUUUGGUGGACUCCAGUCCCCAGAUUUUAAUGUUAACAAUCAUCUUGCUGUGUAUUUUUAUGAUAAAGUGUAUGCAUUGUCUUUAACUACUGUCAUAUUGGAAUCAAAGUCCUUGUUGUCAUCUUAUCUUUUCAAAAAGGAUUAACUUACACGAAUAGGUAGCUAAAAGCAGACAUCACCCACGUAGCUCUGACUGUCUUGAAUUUAAAGAUGGGGAGCGUCAUCUAAAGGCAUCUGAAUUCUUUGUGCAACUCAGAGAGGAGCCAUAUCUGGAAUAUAUGGAGGUUUUGACCCCCCCCCAUAAAGUUCUUUUUAGUGAAAAAGAAUGGUCAGUGAAAUUUUUUCUUGGCUAGUGCACAGAUAUCAUUGAAUUGCUCUCCCUGAUUGUUAGAGGAUUGGCGAGAAAUUUGGUUCUGAUAAUUUGCAGAAGCUUGUGAGGAGAUCUCUUCCAUAGCUUAGGAGAUGUUUUCAGAAUGUACGGUAGGGUGGAGUGAAAAAAAUAAAAUUUAUAUUAUUGAAAUGCACUGGUACUAAAAAAAUGUGUAUUGACUGACAUAUCACUCAUGAUUUUGUUCAAAUUUUUUCUACUUUAUUUUUAUCCCCCCUCCAACAGCCUCGAAAUUGCACAAUUUUGUAAUGGUAGGGAAAAACCAUGAAAGUUUCUAAAAUUGUCGGAUGAAAGCUCAAAAGACUAUUAAGUUGACAAAAGACUAAUUUUAGUAUUGACUAAUAAAUACAUCCCUUGUGAAUUUUUUCAA